AGUUGCUAUGGAUACAUCUGCAUACACCCAUCCAUAAUGUCUUGUACUUCCUGUCCUUUCGCUGUGUCGUCCCCUGGCUCUGCGAGCUCCAGGCGCUUGGUUCCAGGACACUAUUAGUUUUCAGUUACCUUUUUGACACCAUGCGUUCUGUUUUCGGCUUCUUCCUUGUGUUUGGAUUCGCUACUUUCUACCUGUAUAUUUUGAGUACCAGCCUGUGGCCUGGCCUAGGACAUGAGUCAAAGAGGUCCUUAGUUUUCCCUUCAGACCUUGAUGAACUACGUGAACUAGCGGACUUCCUUCUGCACUAUAAGCAAGAACACCAAACAUACGUAAUGCUUCUGUUCUGUAGCGCAUACCUGUACAAGCAAAGUUUUGCCAUCCCUGGCUCCAGCUUCCUGAACUUGUUGGGUGGAGCACUCUUUGGACCUUGGUUGGGCCUGUUCCUUUGUUGCACUCUAACCUCCUUGGGUGCCACGUGUUGUUACCUUCUGUCAUAUGCAUUCGGUAAACAGAUUGUGUCACAGUAUUUUCCUGAAAAGGUCUCCGUUUUACAAGCAAAGGUUGAAGAAAACCGUAGCAGUCUGUUUUUCUUCCUACUCUUUCUUCGUUUGUUUCCUAUGACACCCAACUGGUUUCUAAACCUCACCUCUCCAAUUCUGAAUAUCCCUGUGGGGCAGUUCUUCUUUUCUGUCCUUAUAGGUCUUUUGCCAUAUAAUUUUAUCUGCGUCCAGACGGGAUCCAUCCUUUCAAAAAUCAAGUCUCUAGAUGACAUGUUCUCCUGGGGAACGUUACUCAAGUUGCUGGCUAUCGCACUGGUUGCACUAAUUCCAGGAACCGUUGUAAAGAGACUUUCAGACCAAAAUAUAGGACUACGGGACAAAGAUCACUUGCUGAAUAGCAAAAAGUCAAUGUGAGGUAUGGUUGGUGACAGUGGCAUGGUGUGCCAUCUCUCAAAAAGACAUUGACAGAAACCUUGACAUGUUUAAAUGGUGAACAUGCACAUUUAAUGUGAAAAACUGGAAACAAACAGAAAACGGAAUGUUGUGAACCACUUUUGUGUUAAAAAGUUCCACAACGUUACUCUUCUAUGACUGUUAGUCUUACAUAAAUUAUUUUUCUAGCGUUUGGUAAAACCCAUGCUUUUAUCAGUAUGAUUUGUAUUUGAAAUUAGUGAUCUUUGUGUUACUGUGUAAAUUAUGUGAUACAGAACCAUCUUCACUCAUCCAACAUUGCA